GUAAAAGGCUAUUCUUUUGCUUUUUCUCCUCUGAGUGUUUUCUUUCCUUAAUAAUAAUACUGGGUUCCGAGUUUUCUGGCGAUAUUUAUUAUAUUUAUUUAUUUAUUAAGCUAAUGAUUUAGCUCUGUGGGUAUCUGAUAUAGCACGCCUUGUUUCUCCAUGUGAUAAUUAAUUGCCUCUCUUAAAUCUCUUCAGAGAUUUGGAGGAAACUUUGGUAUGUGAGUUUAGAAUCAAGUUAGUUAAUCAGAACCCAUGAUAAGGCUUGUAAAUGCGGUCUCUAAACAUGGAAAAGAAGUGGCUAUUUCCUCUUCUGAUAAGCUCUGUCAUAUGCAUAAUCCUUCUUGCCACUUCCUUUAACAUGGGCCUCGUCUCUUCACUGCACACAAUCAAUUCAAUCUUUCCAAUAUUCCCAUCUCGCUUCUCCACAAAUGAAACCAAUCCCGUUUUUGCCGAGUCGAAGAUCACACAGCUUUCCCCACCCCCUCCUCCUGCCGUGGCCAUUCCCCGUUUCGCCUACUUGAUUUCUGGAUCUAGAGGUGAUCUAGAAAAGCUUUGGAGAACUCUCAAGGCUCUUUACCAUCCCUUGAACCAGUACGUAGUUCAUUUGGACCUCGAGUCCCUGGCUGAGGAGAGGCUGCAGCUGGCUUCACGAGUGCAAAAUGAGACGAUUUUCGCAGAAGUUGGUAAUGUUCACGUGAUUACCAAAGCUAACAUGGUGACAUAUAGAGGACCUACUAUGGUUGCUAAUACUCUUCAUGCCUGUGCUAUUCUUCUCAAGAGGAGUAAGGAUUGGGAUUGGUUUAUCAAUCUUAGUGCUUCUGAUUAUCCCCUUGUGACUCAAGAUGAUCUUCUUUACACGUUUUCGACUUUGGAUCGGAACUUGAAUUUCAUUGAGCACACAAGCCAGCUUGGUUGGAAGGAGGAUAAACGGGCAAUGCCUUUGAUUGUGGAUCCUGGUCUCUAUUUAUCAGUCAAACAAGAUAUAUUUCCUGUCUCUCCUAGGAGGACAUUACCAACAGCAUUUAAAUUAUUUACCGGUUCGGCAUGGAUGGUCUUAUCACGCUCAUUCGUGGAGUACUGCAUAUGGGGUUGGAACAAUCUACCAAGAACACUCCUGAUGUACUACACUAACUUUGUGUCUUCACCGGAAGGCUAUUUUCAGACCGUCGUAUGCAAUGAACCAGAGUAUGCUAAGACUGUAGUUAAUCAUGACUUGCACUACAUUUCUUGGGAUUUUCCUCCCAAGCAGCAUCCGCACACCCUCACUAUCAAUGACACCAGCAAGAUGAUCACGAGCGGUGCAGCCUUUGCUCGAAAAUUCAAUCAAGAUGACCCCGCCCUUGAUAAGAUUGAUAAGGAAUUGCUGCGUCGGAAGAAAAGGGGGUUUACCCCUGGUGGCUGGUGCACAGGAAGUCCUAAAUGUUCCAAGGUUGGGAAUCCAACGAAGCUUAAACCUGGCCCCAGAGCUCAGAGACUCCGUCGCCUUGUAGCUAGGCAAAUUUUGACUGCUAAGUUUGGUGAGAAUCAAUGUAAAUAGAGCUCAUGAAAAGAUUCUUGCUUGCUGGUAGAGAAUAAUGAAAACUAACAAAAAAAGGAGGUAAAGGAAAAUAGAUGGGUCAUAGUUACAAGCGGGACAGAACUUGUUUAGAAAAUGAUUCUAGAGAAGAAUUUUGAUGCUUAGUUGUAACUUUGCCUCAUCUUUGUUAGAGUUGAGGCAGGUCAGCAUUAUUUUGAUCACACAAGUUAUACUAGUCAAGGUUGUUGAAAUUAAGGACGUGCUAUUUUUUUAGGCUAAGAAUCAAAUUUUGUUGUUCCA